AUGAAUUUCACGGCGAUUAUCGCGGUCUUGGUCAGCACUCUCGCAGUGACAGCUUUCGCCGGAUACGGGGCUCGAAUAAGCUCGUAUGGCUCGCACGUCCAUCAUCCGUAUUAUGGAUCGAGUCAUGUUUACCGCCAUCAGGUUUAUCCCGUCAGCCACGGUCUCGGAUACGGCCACGGUUCGGUACUCGGAUACGGUCAUGGAUUGGGAUACGGCCAUGGAUUAGGAUACGGCCAUGAAUCGGGAUACGGCCAUGGCGUGGCCGCUUACGGCCUCCAUGGUGGCCACGGACUACUAUACUAA